UUCACGCGUUGAGACCAGCGAAGGUCAGUGGAAAGAGGGUAAGAGAGAGAAACCCUCCUUCCUCCCUUUUCUCUCUCUAUAAAUUCCGCCAUUUCCGAGCUCAUUCAGCUCCAUCCUAGGUCUCUCUCUCUGUAGCUGUUCUUUUGUGCAGUUCAUUUUGUCUGUUAGAUUGGAAAUUGAGGCCAUGGCGACGGAGAUCUUGCGGCCUCAGGACUGCUUGGCCAAGCGGAUAGGAGCCUCCCCGGCGGCUUACCCUCGCCGGAGGAACUGCAGCUACGGGAACUCCUGUUCUAAUCCCAGGCCUAACAGGAAGCACCACCAGCACCAGCAGAGGAAGCGGUCGGUUACCUGCCAGUCGGAGCCGACGGUCUCCAUGAGAUCGAACCCCGAGGAAGCCGGCCCGGCGAGGCCCGGCGGCCUCGCGAUGAGGAAGGUCACUAUCCUCCGGCGAGGCGAGCCUCUGGACGCUGCGAUUAAGGACGACGCCGGUUCGAAGAGGGAAGGAGGCGGUCCAGUCGUUUCGGGAUUAGGUCCAGGGCCGGAGCUGGUGCGGGAGCAGGUCAUCGGGCCGGAGCUGAGGUCCCCCGGGGUGGCGGCGGAGGGGAAGCCCGUGGUGUACGCCGGAUCGGCUUUCGCCGUGUCGCCCGAGCCGAGCUCGCUGCCUCUGCCGUCGUUUUCGAACAAGAAGAAGCAGGUGCUCCUGGUCGACGAUUCGGCCACCAGAGACCUCCGGAGAAUUCUCCGACUCGAUCUGCUGUGACAAGACCUAAGGCUUUUAAAUCCAGCUAAGUAGAUGAUCUGAAUAUCAGAUCUAGUCGAUUUAGACCCAUUUCCACCAUCUCUCUCCUCUCUCGAUGUUCUCGAGGUCUGGUCCUUUCCGUGAAUUUUUUCAGAAACAGAGGGGCAGAUCCAGAGUUUGGAGAAACUAGGAGGAGCAUGCUGUAAUUACGUGGGUUUCUAGUGGUUAGUUAAUAGGGGUCGGUACUGACGAAGGGUUUGAAAAAAAAAAGGAUACAAAUAGGGGGUUGAUUUGUAAUAUUGGGAAGUAGUGUAGACGGAGAGUUUGUACGUUGUGGGGGGUGUGAACGUGAAAGUUUUCUCUUCUUGUCUUGG